UCUUCUUUUCUCGAUUCCUACCUGCUUCCGGGAAUCGCCAUGGUGAUCCCGAUCCGAGCUUAGAUCGGAGAGAGAGAAAGAGAGGGAGAGGUCGAAGACGAUGGCGAACAACAAUGGCGAGCCGAGCUCCGCCCCGCAACACGACAGGUGGUACAACAUCAGAUUGGGCCGUUCCUUCAGAGACCACGCCUCAACCAAGUUUUGCACCCUUCGUUACGAAUUUAAACCGGCAUCGAUUGACAAGACCCAACCUGGAUCUUUGCACAAGAGCAAGGAGAACCGGGUUACUGUGGAAUUUCAUAACAACCAGCCUGGAAAGCCGAAAGUGACCUUUGAGGGUAGCAGUGAGGAAUGCAAAGAUAACGAUGGAGUCUUAUUUUUCGAUGGUGAGACUUUUCGGCUGGAGCGGUUACAUAGGGCCGUGAAGAGGUUGAGGCACAUUCGCUUGCCUGGUGAGUCUGCUGCUGCAGUUAAUUUGGCAGCUGCCUCGUCAGCUGGAACAGGUGCAGAUUCGGGUUCUCCUCCCUUAGCAAAAGUUGCUAAAGCUCAGCCAGUGAGCAAACCAAUUGUGCCUUCAGUUCCUGUUGAGGUGGAGAAAAUUGAUGUCGGUGAACCAGACAGUCCAGGUCCAAAGCCAUCAAACAAGAAUAGCGCAUACCAUUCCAUUAUCUCGAGCCUAUUCUCAACAUCACCAGAUCCCAAAUCACCUGAACAGGAGGAAAACCUUGAUAUCCUCGGGGACGACGAUCCGGCGUCGCCAGCCAAGACAAUGACUACUGGGCAGCAGACACCACAAGGGGCGGCAGAUUUAGGGUUUGACAUCAACAUCCCAACCCAGGACGACACCGACGAUGAGAUUGCUGAUGUGGACGUGAACGAUGAUGUAGACGAGGGGCUCAAUGCAGCUGAGGCCCUUCGGGCCCAGGUCAACGCAGAGGAGGGCGGAAAGGAGCCGCAGGAGGAGGAUGAUGACACCUCCAGCUCGAGCGCAAGUAGCAGUAGCAGCGGUAGCAGCGGGAGUGGAAGUGGCAGUGGUAGUAGUAGCAGCGAGAGUGAUGGUAGUGACGCUGACUCCGCCAGCUCCGGAGGUGACAUUGAUGUGUGAGGUACUCUACUCUCAGAUUUUAUAGCGUACAGACCGGGCGAAUCAAGAAACUUCGUAGCUUGUGGAGAUAUCAAAGUGAAGCUGGCGUCGAUUGACCAUGCAGUUGGAUUUCUUGGUAGUUUUGGCCUUUUGAAUUUACAUUAUGAGUAUGGGUGUAGCUUGAUAUUGGCUAAAAUGCGGGAAAAAUUGUUUAUAGUGCAAAGUUUAGCAACUAGCAAGUCAAACUAUCCAUUCGUUUUGCCCUUCAUAUACAUGAUUAGCUCCUACUGUUCCAGAAACAGAGACCUAAUAAGGUCCUCUGUGAUGUAUCUCAUACAUGUCGGUAUGCUGCAGAAAUUGUUAACAGGGCAUGAAUGAAUUGUUAAAUAGCAUAACUGAAUCCAGAACUUUGAUUAUACAGGCUUUUGUUUGUAUACU